AUGUCCUUCUCAACCCUCGUUUGGGACUACUCCUCAUCUUCUUCAGCAUCUCCCCCAGUCGCUUCAGCUUCAGUUUCAGCUCCCUCUACCUCGGCAACAUCUCCUUCAACUUCACCAUGCGACUCGAGCUACCAGGUCCAGCCAGAGCCUAUUCCUUCAGAAGUCGUCGCAAAAUACUCUACGCCUCCAGAAACAGUUGAUCCUGCAGACAUUACGACAACGCCGGUUCAUUCACCACCAGCCAAAAAGAAAAAGCAGGUAAUAUUGCCAAAGUAUCCGGUAUAUAUGCGAGAAGAGGACGACUGGACGAAAGUACAAGACCCCAAGGAGAAGAAAAAGAUACAGAAUCGCGUUGCUCAGCGAACAUACCGUAUGUUUAUCCAUCCCUCAAUGCUCCUCGAUUUCACUCUCUUUUACGGCCAUUGGCUGCUGCAUAAGCCAAGGUGCCAGCUUGGAUAUGAAAUACUCUUUACUGACGACCGACAUGUCAAAAUUUCAGGUCACCGUAUGAAAGCACGCCUGGGUGAGCUACAGGCCCGUCUAGAUAGCCAGGAGCAGGGAAAAGUCCAGCUGCCGCUCCCAGAAAGUAGCGACUCAUCCGCUUCUCCAGGAGCAAUUCGUGGAUUUACAGCCAUCAAUCAACUGCCCGGUAUCGAGUCACCUCUCUCUCCUGUAUCUCAGGACAAGAACUCUUCAAGUCAAAUGCCUUCUUCGGUGCAACAGGCUGGGUAUGAAGAGCCCGCUGCUGAUGGAACAGAGCCCAUGUUCCCACAAAUGGCUAGCAAUAACCUGAGCAGUCCAAGCCCGGAAACACAGACUUCCCCAGAAGCCAUGGCUUUACUAUCUCCGCCAAGCCAACCAAUACUAGACCGGAGUUCUGGAGUACCUCAUGAGUUUAUUCUCGACUGUUUGCGUUUUCAGACUCACCUGCUGGAUCGCGUGAAUAGUCUUCAACAGCAACUCAAUUUCGCCCCUCCAUACCCUUCUAGCAGUGGCGUACCAUCCCAAUGUGGGUUUAAGCCUGAUACCUCUGGCCCUCUGCUGGCGAGAAGGGCGACGGGGGCUGACUCGGAUAUAGCCUUGGAAAACAUCACCCAGGCUGAGCAAGCUUCCUGUGUCGACGCCUUCUCGCCUACUCACGCAGAGGCUAUGGAGUAUUCCUUUGAUACCAAUGCCGAAGAAUGGAAAACAGGUGCGAUAUCGAAAGUGCGGUCGCUACCACCAUCUACACCCAACAACGACAACAACCAGAACAACAACAACCACACAAUCCCCUACUCGGCACCCGCCACUCCCAGUGCAGUUUUGGACUGUCCUGGCUCUACCGGUCCUGACUCCAGCACUAUAACCCCGAUACCUCAGCCAGCUACGGAAACUAUGCCUCUAGACGAGCGCAUGGAGGGCAUCAUGGACAAGGUUCGAGCGGCUGGCUUUGAAAGCUUUGAUGCCCUUGUAUCUGCGUAUUACUGUGGCAGCUUUAGAGAGGCUUCUCCACUAGCCAACGAGCAGCGACUGAGCCGUAACAGGCGUCUGCCUAAAGUUAUCGACGCCGUCUUUCAAGCAACCACUCAGUGGAGCGCAUGGGAGCGCCGUGGCUUCCAAGAAGAGAUUUUCAAAACUGCCGAGUCUAUGCUCAAGUCUGAGGCUGUUAAUGCCCACAGUCCUCUAAUGGCCAAGAUCAACCCUCUUCUGGACUUACACGACAUCAUUAAUCCGGCUUCCACAGCUGAAGCCCUUGUUGAGUUGAAGCGGUCUAUCCAAGAUGAGCUACCUAACUCUUGGGCUCUAGGGAUGGCCCUGUCAUCUAACAGCCGUAAUUCGUGGCCGAGAGAUCGUUCGAAUACGGCCCUGGCAACAACUCUUCUCAUCAACUUCUCAGGACGAAUACCCAACCACCAACUUUUGCAAAUCAUUGGAGCAUGCCUCUAA